AUGUUAAUUGUGAUGGCAAGACGGCAAAAUCAACGCUAUUAUAGCAGCGCUCUUGCCGACUCAACAGAUGAUGAUGAUGGAGCAAAUAUGCAAAUUCUCCAGUUGGAAGCAAAGUUGAAACGAGCUAAAGAGCUUAUUCGCUCUACAAGGAGGGAUAUGACGGAAAGAAUAGAAGAACUACAAGACGAGAUUGACCGUAAAAGUCGUGACUAUGAUACCCUCAAGUGGCACUAUAAGCAGGCUCGAAAGGUUAUUGAAGACGAGCGCAAAAUCAACGCUAGACAAAGCAAAAAACUUCAGCAAGCUUUGGAAGAAGUGUCGAGAUUGAAAGCAAUGCUCACGGAACACUCAAACGACAGCUCUUUUUUGAUCCCAUACUGUGGUGGUCUACCGCCGAUGGGUUACGAUAGUGGUGCUGGCGAAGCUUUGUGCUCUCUAGCUGAAGCUCAAGGCGAUGGGGCUGGUGAUCGUCUAUGUCUUGGUGACGUGAAUGGGGACAACGUAAGCGAAAGAUUGUCAACGCAGACUGAGCACACUACAACUCGUGAGAGCACUGCUGAACCAACCCACAAGCUGGAUAAUCAGGAGGACAUGCAAGAUGAGGUUCGAGUGUUCCGUACAGCUGAAUGCGAUACACCACCGCCUGAGCGCCCGAGAGCUGCUGGUAGCCCAGUCGAGCCACUAUCUGCAUAUGUU